CGUCGACCAUGGCAAGCCCCACGACGCUCUUUACACCUCUCCAAGUGGGCUCGAACGCUCUGGCGAACCGCAUCAUCAUGGCCCCACUCACGCGCACCCGUGCCGGCCCCACCCACGUCCCCAACGCCCUCAUGGCCGAAUACUACGCCCAGCGCGCGUCCGCCGGCUUGAUCGUGGCCGAGUGCACAAUGAUCGCACCCAACACGUCCGCGUUUGGCGGCGAACCUGGCGCGUACACGCCCGAGCAGCUGGCCGGCUGGAAAGUCGUCACUGACGCCGUCCAUGCCAAGGGAGGCAAGAUCUUUCUCCAAAUUUGGCAUGGCGGCCGCGCGGUGCACCCCGACCACAACGACGGCCACGAAAACGUCGCGCCGUCGGCGCUGGUCAUCGAAGGUGAAGUCCACACUGCCAAAGGCAAGGUCCCGAACGUGCUGCCGCGCGAGCUGACCGAAGCCGAGAUCCGCAACAUCGUGCAGCAGUUUGCCACCGCCGCCACGAACGCGAUCAACGUGUCGGGCUUUGACGGCGUCGAAAUCCACGGUGCGAACGGGUACUUGAUCGACCAGUUCCUGCGAGACGGCUCGAACAAGCGAACGGACGGCUACGGCGGGUCGCUGGAGAACCGCACGCGAUUCUUGACCGAAGUCGUGGAUGCGGUGACCAAGGCCGUCGGCGCAGACAAGGUCGGCAUCCGCUUCUCGCCGCUCAACAGCUACAACUCGAUGAUCGACAGCGACCCUGCAGCUCUGAGCGAGAAGGUCGCAGCCAUCAGCCAGGCGUUCAACCUCGCCUAUGUCCACGUGAUGCGCGCCGACUUUUUCCAAGCGCAGAAAGGCGACAUCGUGCCGAUUUUCCGCAAACACUUCAAGAACACGCUGAUUGCCAACAUGGGGUACACCAAGGACGAGGCGAACGACGCGAUCGGCAGCGGCCUCGUGGACGCGGUGGCGUUCGGGACAGCGUUUUUGGCCAACCCGGACUUGCCCGCUCGGUUUGCACAGGGCGCCGACCUCAACACGCCAGACUCGGCGACAUUCUAUGUUGGCGAUGCCAAGGGGUACACCGACUACCCGUUCUUGGCGGCUGCAGCACCCACCACUCAAGCGGCUACGACCCGUUCGACUGCCGCUGGCACCACGACCGAAACCCCCGCCUCGCCUUCCUUAGAUCCCGCAGUCGAAGCUAGUAGCAAAUGUAGCUGCGCCAUCAUGUAGUGUCCGCAUUCAACAUGACGUACGGGUUGAAACAUCCUUCCCCUAGCGUCAAACUGAAUAGACCACGUCGUGGCGGACUCGUCGACAGGUUUCAUCGAGGGGGCUGUUG